CCGCCUGCGCACCCGGCGCCUUGGGUGGCAGAGGGACACGCGCGUCCCCUCUCCCUGCACGCCCCGCGGCUCGGGGACACCCCCGGGCAGUGCCAACGGGGACCCAACGGGAGCCGUCCGGGUUUCCUUGGUGACUGUUGCCAGGUGAGAAACUCCGAGGCAGAAUUUAUUAUCUUGGUGGAUAAGAGGAGAUGUUCCUUGCUGGGGCUGCUACCGGACCCUGUCCCGGCACCACGCUGCGCUGGACGCCCCAGUGACACCGGUGACAGUGGGGUCCCCGAGAGCAGGCUGUGCCUGAGGAGCCGGGGCUGUGCGGCCCCUGGUAUCUCUACCCGGAAGGCAGCACGUGUUUUAGGGCUAUUUCUGCCUGCUGGAGAGUGGCAGGAGAGGGAAGGAGGCAAAAACCACAGGGACCGCGGAGAAGCACAGAUGGACGUGGGCUGGUGGGCUGCCCUGCCUUGGCUUCCCUAGACCCCCAGACGGCACGGCUGCCCUGAGCCCCACGGCGAACGCAGAAGCAGGGAGAUGUUGAUUUCAGAGCAGGCAGCCCGGGAUGGCGCCGCCGCGAGGCUGAGCCGGGCCGGGCCGUGCCGGGCCCCGGUUGGGCCGGGAUGGACGGUCCGGGAGGGGGGCAGCUGCCCACCGCCGCCCCGUCGCGGGCGAAGCUGCCGCUGGGCAUCGUUUUCUCGACGGCGCUGUUCUGCGGGGAGAGCGCGGCGGCCGCCGUCCUCUGCUUCUCCUACAGCCACUCCGACGACCGCUUCUGGCUGGCGCUCACCGUCUUCUUCAUGCUCUGCCCCUCCGUCCUGGUGCAGCUCACCCUCAUCUUCGUGCACCGCGACCUCAGCCGCGACCGCCCCCUCGUCCUGCUCAUGCACCUGCUGCAGCUCGGGCCCAUCAUCAGGUGCGUGGAGGCCCUGGUAGUAUACUGCAGGUCGGGGAGGCAGGAGGAGCCCUACGUCACCAUCACGCGCAAGAGGCGGCUGCGGAAGGGCUAUGAGGUGGAGAUGGAGCAGGAGGUGGGCCACUCCAUGCGCCGGCUGGCCACCCACCGCAACGCCUUCAAGCGCAUGGCGGUCAUCCAGGCCUUCCUGGGCUCCACGCCGCAGCUCACCUUGCAGCUCUACAUCAGCAUCCUGGAGAAGUACGUCCCCACCGCCCGAGCCGUCCUCAUGGGGAUCUGCCUGGUGUCUGUCACCUACGGGGCGCUCGUCUGCAACAUCCUGGCCAUCCAGGUCAAAUACGAUGACUACAAGGUCCAGCUGCGGCCGCUGGCCUUCCUCUGCAUCGUGCUGUGGCGCAGCCUGGAGAUCUCCACCCGUGUGGCCGUCCUGGUGCUCUUCAGCACCGUCUUCAAGCACUGGAUCAUCCCCAUCGCCUUGGCCAACCUGCUGGUGGUCUUCUUCCUGCCCUGGGUGCAGUUCUGGCGGAGCGGCGCGCGGCUGCCCGACAACAUUGAGAAGAACUUCAGCCGGGUGGGCACGGUGGUGGUGCUCUUCGCCUUCACGCUGCUCUACGCCAGCAUCAACAUGUUCUGCUGGUCGGCCGUGCAGCUCAAGCUGGCCGACCGGGACCUCAUUGACAAGUCGCAAAACUGGGGCCUCCUGGCUGUGUACUACGUGGCCCGGCUGGCGGAGAACGCGGCGCUCGUCAUCCUUUGGUACUUCUUCAAGACAGAUGUCUAUGAGAACAUCUGCACGCUGCUGCUGGUGGCACAGCUACUGCUCGGCUACUGCCUGGGCAUCUACUUCAUGCUGCUCUUCUUCCAGUACCUGCACCCGUGCCGACAGCUCUUCCGACGCAACGUUGCCGAUUUCCUGCACUGUGUCUGCUGCCGGCGGUCCCCAGGCAGCCCGGAGCGCCUUGAGGCGCCCCACGAGCCCGGCGUGAGGCACAGCAUCGUGUGAGGCACGGCCUGGGGCUGCAGGCUACGGACAAAAGGGGAUGGGGCAGCAUGAACCACGCCGAAGGCAGCCGCUCCCUGGCCCUGCAGUGGCCACGGGUCCAGGUGCCCUCAGCUGAGCACCGGAGGAUCCCCGUGGUGGCAGGGGACAGGAGCGUGCCCGCCUGGACCACGUGCCCUGGCACGCACAGGAGGGACCUUUGGGGUGUCCAGACCCCACAGGGCAGCCAGCGGGGUGCGGGGCAUUGGGGUGCUUGGUACCCACCCCGGUGCCUUUGGUGACCCCAGGGACGCAAGGGCUGCUCCGGGACUGUUUUGAGCAGUAAAGAAACUUUGCUGUG